GCAAAGCAUGGGGAUUGUGCGCAUGCUCCAUAAGACACCGCUGACUUACCGCCAUAUUGUUCUCAAAUAGAUAUGACACCCGGCUAUUUCCUUGUUUCUCUCCAGGAUAAUUCUCUCGGAUUCACAUAGCUAUUUGUCACUACACCAGGCAAGAUAUGGGUGAGCUUCCAAUAGCACAAGAAGGCGACAGCACCGUUGUACUCUCGCGUCUUUCAGCACAUGUAGUUCAGGCAGUGGAGCCUGUAGGCCGAUGGUAUGAGGCUUAUAUCACUCGCCGCCAGCAUAGCACAUCUUCCCACCAUUCCCUGGGUUCUGACAGUGAUGAUUCGAGUAGCUCAGAUGAGAGCCUUGACUCUGAAACUGAAGAUGACGCCUUUCUCCUGACUCUUGAUCCAAAAGAAUGGAAGAACCAGGACCACUAUAGAGUUAUGGGGCUAACCAAACUCAGGCAUCGAGCUUCAGAAGACCAGAUCAAGAAAGCCUAUAAAAAGAAGGUUCUACAGCAUCACCCAGACAAACAGUCAGGACACAAACAGACAAAACCUGUGCUGAAUGAAGACUUCUUUACUUGCCUUACUAAAGCACAUGAGAUACUAAGCAACCGCACAAAGAGGCGUGCCUACGACAGUGUUGACCCCUUGUUUGACGACGCAGUUCCUUCUGUGAAUGCCCAAUCAAAAGCAAAUUUUUAUGAGACAUUUGGACCAGUCAUAGAGAGUAAUGCAAGAUGGUCAAACACAGAGCCGGUGCCAUUGCUUGGACACGAAAAUUCAACAUUUGAAGAAGUUGAUAAGUUUUAUAGUUUUUGGUACGACUUCGACUCUUGGAGAGAAUUUUCAUAUUUAGAUGAAGAAGAGAAAGAGAAAGGGGAAAAUCGAGAUGAGAGGCGUUGGAUAGAAAAAGAGAACAGGGCGAUGAGGCAAAAACGAAAGAAGGAAGAAAUCAAGAGAUUGAGAACUUUAGUUGAUAACGUUUACGCUUGUGACCCUCGGAUAAAGAAAUUCAAGGAAGAAGAGAAAGAAAGAAAACUUGCAGAGAAAAAAGCGAAAGAAGAUGCUGCCAAGGCAGCAGCCGAGGAAAAAGAAAGGCAAAGACAAGAAGCGCUAGAAGCCGAAAGAUUAGCCAAGGAAAAGGAAGAGCAAUUAGCAAAAGAAAAAGCUACACAAGCCAAAAAGGAGAAAGAAAAAUUAAAAGCUGCCAUGAAAAAAGAGCGCAAGUCUAUAAGAGCAAUUUGCAAGAAUUAUGACUAUUUUGUUACUGAAGAAGCUGAGAAAAUUGAAGAAAUGCAGAUUUUAGACAAGCUCUUGGAGGACCUUUCCCUUGAAGGUCUACAGACAUUCCGUGAAGAUAUGAACAAAGCAGGAAACAAAGACAAAGCCAAAUCUGUCUACGAAAAGCAGCUGCAGGCCUUGAAGGACAGACGCAAGCAGGACGAGGAGAGCAAGAAAAUCGCUGCCUUGCGCACCAAGAAAGAGAUGGAAGUGAAAGAGGAGGCGGAUCAAGAAUGGUCGGACGAGCAACUGCAACUCCUCGUUAAAGCCGUCAAUCUCUUCCCGGCGGGAACCGUCUCCAGAUGGCGCGUGAUCGCCGACUACGUGAACGACCACGCAAAGACUGGGAACAAGCGCGAACCAAAACACGUCAUCGUCAAAGUCAAGUCGCUCAAGAAAAUCGACCCUACUCAAAUCGAAAACGUGAACAAGAAAGCAUUCGCCAAGUUCGACUUAUCUCACACUCAAGGAAAAGCGUCUGAAGAAUCCGUACCCACUGUUAGAUAUGAACUGGAAAAUGCGGCCGCAGCCUCUGCUCCGCCCGAGAAACCAGAAAAGCCCUGGUCAUCUGACGACCAAAAGUUACUGGAAGCAGCGUUGCGCGCCAUUCCCGCCAGCACACCUGAAAGAUGGGACCGUGUAGCUGAGAGUGUACCAGGAAGAACGAAGAAGGAGUGCAUGAAGAGAUACAAGGAACUGGUGGAGAUGAUCAAAGCAAAGAAGGCUGCGCAGACAAAACAGGCAAAAUAGCGAAGACGUGAUGAUAUAUCACGGCGUGGUGAUAUAGCGAUAAUAUAACAUGGCGUGGUGAUAUAGCGAUGAUUUAACACGGCGUGGUGAUAUAGCGAUGAUAUAACACGGCGUGCUUACAAAAACAUCCCAUGGUAAAAAGACGCUAACAAUUCAGAAUAAAGACUUUGUGCGUAACGUUACAAGAAAUGCUUGGAAUCUGCGUUCUGGCGGUUUACUACAAAGCAAAUAAAAUAAUCUUAGGUUUU